AUUUAUAGCUGCGAGCCGGCAGGCGAGGCUGUCAGGGAUGGCUUUGCGUGGGAGAGUCGCGCUGGUGACCGGCGGAGCCCAAGGGAUCGGAAGAGCAGUAGCAGAAUGUCUUCUCAGGGAUGAAUCAAGGGUCGCCUUCCUAGACCUUAAUCGCCAAGUGGGGGACCAGUGCAAGAAAGAACUGGACAAUGAUUUUGACGAAGGGAACAGCAUUUUCAUUCCGUGUGAUGUAACUGAUACGCUGAAUCUGCAAGAUGCUUUCAAGCAGACGGUCGAACAUUUUGGAAGGCUUGACAUUGUAGUUAACAACGCGGGGAUAAAUAACGAGAAGAACUGGAGGAAGACCAUUGAAGUUAACCUGACAUCAGUAAUACAGGGUACAUACCUGGCCCUAGAGCAUAUGAGCAAAGAGUACGGGAAAGGCGGCGGUGUGAUCAUAAAUGUCUCGUCCAUGGCAGCCUUCCUGCACUCCCCACACCAGCCUGUGUACACCGCCACCAAGAGCGGGGUCAUCGCCUUCUCCCGAGCUCUGGCGGAAGCGGCCGAGCGGGGAAGCUAUGGCGUCAGGAUCAACGCGCUUUGCCCGGGAUUCGUGGACACACCCCUCCUGCAGUCCGUCAAUCAGGAGGACAACAUGGGCAAGUUCGUCGAGUACAAGGAUGAGUUCAAGCAGCGGAUGGACAAGUACGGCGUGCUGAAGCCCUCUCUGGUCGCCGAGGGAGCGGUGAGAAUGAUAAAGGACGGCGCCUUGAACGGAGCGGUGAUGAAGAUCACAUGUUCGAAGGGAAUUCACUUUCACACCUACGAGCCGCCGUCCUGCUAAUCGGCCGCACGUCCACGCCGGGGCCCAGCUGCCGAUUUCCGGAAACGUAAAGGCUCUGUCGCUUGGAAGGCAGCGGAAAUCGGAUCCAGAUCCACUGUCUGUUGUUACCGCUUUUUGCAUAGCUAUAAGUAUGUAUUAGAGAUGGCACUGGAGAUGAGCUUCGUAGGCAUGUGUUAUAGCAUCUGAGGGAUGCUACCCUGGACACACCUCAACCCGACUGAACAUGAUACAUCAGCUUUUUCCCUGCAGACUUUUUAAGUGAGAUAUCACAGCUUUCCAGCUCCGAUAAUGAGAUCGUCUUCUUCAUGACUGAAAUAAACUGGAUUGCAGGUACCCAGAACCACUUGACAGACUCCCCCCCCCUCCAGUUAGAUGUCAGUGGUGAUCUUCCGCCCCACAGCCCCCAUUUGUGUGUAGUUUCUCAUUUAUGCAUACAGCUGCAGGAACUGAAGGAAAUUAAAGUGGUUUAACCAUGUUA